GAGAAGUGCAACAUCUCCGCUGCAGAGAUCCACAAGCGCGACGAGCAGAUCCGAGUCCUCUCCGAGCAGAAUCGCUCCCUCCUGGAUAUGUUGGAGGAGGAAGAGCGGACAGUGAAGGAGCGGCAGACCCAGGCCCAGGAGCUCAUGGUCACGCAGGAUCGUUUGCAGAAGAUCUCCGACGAGUACAACCUUGUCAAAGCGACAGGCCAGCAACAGCUUCUCGGAGCCUACAACGAGAUUGCCAAGUUCGAAGAGGAGCUGCGCAACGCGCAGUCCGAGACAGGGCAGCUCAAGGAGGCGGAGCGGAAUUUUAGCGCGCAGGCGAAAGCCGACAUCGAGGCUUUGGAAUCCAAGCUCAAGGAGUCCAAGGACCUGAAUGUCCAGUACCUUCAGCAGAUCCAGCACAACGAGGUCUAUGAGCAUCGCCUGGCAGAGGCGAUCAACAGACUUCGCGAGACACUGGACGAGCUAACGGUCCAGAAGAAAGGCAUUAAGAUGCAGUUAGACAUGGACUCGGACAACCGGGACAAGUGGAUGCAGAGUAAAGCCGAAGUGGAGAGGCGGAAGGACGGCCUCGAGAAGAUGGCAGACGCUCUGCGCCAGUCCCUGAGGGAUGCCGAGGAGCAGAACACCAAGAUGCAGGAAGAGAACAAAGCAGGCGCCGACAACUUCAGGCAGCUGGGCGAUAAGGUCUACGCUUUGAUGGACCAGCUGAGACAGCACCAGACCGACCUCAAGAAGACAGAGGCUGCUGGUGUCGAGAAGCAGAAAAAGAUCGGCUCUUUUGAAAAGCAAUCGCAGAACCUUCAGCAGCAGCUCCAGAUGGAGGUCGACGCCAAGCUGGCGGCAGAGGCUGAAGCCCGCAACGCGGCGCAGAUGCAGGCCCUAUUGCAGAAGAAGAACAAGAUGCUCGAGGAAGCACUCCAGCUCGCGCUCAAAGCGCAAGAGAAGGUGGAGAAGCGCCUCCUGGAGCUCCGAGAAAAGACAGAGGCGCUGCAGACGCAAAAUGACUACCUGGCAACGCGCAUCGACGGCAACGAGGAGGACAAAGGUGCCCUGAGGUACGACCUCCGAAGAACCGAAGAUGAGCUCCGCCAGGCCACAGCUGUCAACGGCCAGCUGCUUCAGAAGAGAGUCGAAGUCGAAGACCGAUUUAACGACGUCGAGGCUGAGAAGGUGGCUGUCAAAGCUGAGCUGGAUUACAUCAAGCGAGAGGACAUGUUGGAUGAGACCGGCAGGACGAAGCCGAUCCUCAUUGAGUCUGAGUCGAAGCUCAUCGAGCGACUUCAGAUCAACGAGUUCCUCUACAGCGCUCAGCAGGCUCGAAAUCCAGUGCCUAUGCUCGUGGAGAAGAUCACGCAUUUGCUGGAGAUGCUGCACACAACGCAAGUGCAGUCAGACAUGUAUCUCCAGGACCUGCAAAGAUCGAACUCCAUGCUCCAGGGUCUUCGCGAGAAGAACAAGAACCUUUACGAGAAGGUUCAGAUGUGCGAGACCUGGAAGAUGCGUGCUCUCCUGAAGAUCGCCUCAAACGAGUUCGAGAUGAGGAGCUCUGUGAAGGGGCACAAGUCCAGCAUCAAGGAGGGCAAUGCCUUGUACUUGGAUGGCCUGCAGUACUCCAACAAGGAGAUUGGUGAGCUGAAGAAGCUCAUCCAGAACUACAUGAAGGAAGAGAAUGUCAAGGAGAUCCGGCUGCAGGACAAUAACCUUGACAAGACUGCCGUGCCCCUCAUAUGUGAGCUGUUGGACCUGUGCCCAUACCUCACGAAGCUGGACAUGCGGAGGAACAGGCUCGACAACGAUGCCCUUGCAGACAUCCAGGGCUUCGUGGAACGCAUUCCUGGCGUCACCACGCUGGUGAAGGACCCGGUGACGGGUGACCUGCGAGCGCGAUCCGGCAAUCAGGUGCGGCUGGUGAUUCUCUUGGAGGACCAGAGCCCGCCUGACCCGGACAUGCCAGC